AUGUUUUCUAAAAUAUCUUACUUUGAUCUUUACAGAAAUGACUAUAUAGCAGCCUCUGGAAGCAGAGCUGUGGGGGCAUUGGUACUCCAGGAAGGAGAGGUGGCAGUGGAGAGGCCGGACGAUGUCACCGUGGUACCCAUGCAGCUCACUGGGCCAGCCAUCCAGGCGAUUGACUCUUAUCAGAACUAUGGGAGCACAAUAGUUCCUCAAGCUUAUAUUCAGUUCAAAGACAUCCAAGAGCUUUUUGGAACCCCUCCAGACAAUUCACUCACUGAAGUACAAAAUAUUAACCUCCAAUUGUCAAAUGUGAAUACGAGUAGCUAUCAAGGCAGAGUUGACCACACGCAGCAAACUGUCUCAAGCAACAGUCCCUCACCAUUCAGUUGCCUGGGUGUAAGAGCAGAUAAAAUGACAGUGUGUGGUACAAACAACUCUAAUGAGAAUGCAGGAAUGGCCCAGGAAGAGGGGCAAGCUUGCAACAAAUGGAAAAAAUUUAUAAAACCAUCUGUAGGCAAAAAAAAGCCAGUUCGGAGAGCACCUCAAGCCAUUCCAGAUCCAGUGCCGGAAAGGAAAAGAACAGCACCCAUUAACCCUGCCUAUACAAUUCGGAAGAUGAGGGUUGCCAACAGCACCCUUUUGCAGCCACUUAGGGACAGGGUGAUGCAUUUGCUGGUGUUGAGGGGAUACAGGAAACCAGAGCUUCUUGUUCAACAACAGAAAGAAGGCAUCCAACAGAGGGACAGCCUCUCCCUGGAAACAAGUUGGCAACAGGCAGGAGAACUCAACCAGAAAAAUCUUACAGACACCUUAAAGGAUUGCAUUUUUAAAGAACUCGAGAGAGAUUGUCCUGGUUACAAUGAUCUAGACAAGCAGUCAUUGGAGCUGGAACUUGACAAAAUAGUAGAUUCAUCUCUGAAUACAACUGGCACCAAUCAGCCAGAACCUUCUACAGAUUUUAGUACGGAUGACAUAUCUCCAUCUGAGAAAGAGCUUUUAAAUUAUACUUUUACUGAUCCUUUAAGGAAAAGAAAAGUUAGAAUAUCUCACUUGACAACUAGACUACAGUCAUCACUGAAGAAUCAUUUGAAUAAUGCCAGUGAAAAAUCUGCUGCAGGUGUCCCACCACUCUCUUCAUCUAGGGUCAACCCCACUGCUCCACCUCUGCCCUCAAACCACCAUCCCAUUUCAAAUCCUUCUCAGCCUGUCAACUCCAGGCACAAUUCUCAUGGUUCUCCAGCAGACUCUGGGACUCAGUGUCCAAGUGUUGCUAGCUUUAGUGGAAACAGCAGCAGCUUAGAGAGCCAGCAGAGUAAACAAACUUUUUUGAAAGCUUCAGCAUCUGUUUGCAGUCAAAUGAAAUAUCUGAAACUCAGGAAGAACAAAACUUCAUCAUAUGAAACAUCCAAAUAUAAAUUUAUGGAAUACAAACCAAGGAACCAAAAUUCCAAUCUUAAAAUAAUGGAGAAACAGAAGACAAAUUCUAAAAAACUAGGUGAAGAUACAAAGCCAAGCUCCAGUGAGGUAGUUAACCAGGUUUUCACUGCCUCUGGGGAGACCGGUUCAACACCUAGUCUCCCAGAUUAUUUAACCAACUAUGCUACCAUAUUCUCUUCUGAGCAACGUCGGCAUUAUGAGAAGGCAUUUAGAGCAGAAUAUGAUGACUAUCAGGUCUUGUACACUAAGAUGCUGACUUUAUCUAGCACAUUUGCUAAUCUAGAGUUAAAAAGGAAACAGUUCCCUCUAGGCUCAAAAGAAUAUCAGGAUAUUAGUGAAGAAAUCUCACGAGAAUAUCAGAAGAUGAGGCAGCUUAAUCCCAAUUUUUAUGCAGAAAAACAUAGAUGCCAGUAUCUUUAUAGUAAGCUGACUCACAUUAAAAAAUUAAUAACUGAUUUUGACCAACGACAAGGGAAGUGA